AUGAAAAACAAGACCCAGGAAGGUCUGGAAGUUCCAUUAAACAUUCGUGAAGGUAGAGUUACAGAUACUUCUAUUCAAAUUCUUUGGGACCGAGUUGAUGGAAAUUUUCAGCAUUAUGAGAUUACAUGCACAAACUGUGCAGAUGCUGUCAUGGUCCAAAAGGUAAUUCAAGAAAAUGCAAUAUUCUCCAACCUGGCUCCAGCCACAAUCUACAAUUUUUCCAUUAGAACGGAAAAAGAAGGAUUUAAAGAUAGCAUUCCAAGGAUAAAAGAAAUACAGACAGCACCUAGUGCAGUUGAACACAUGAAUCACAGCAGAGACUCAAUAUCAAUAACGGUAACCUGGCUUCCAGCUAAAAGUAUACUCGAUGGAUAUAUUAUAUCAAUAGCCAGUGAAGGUUUCAUGAAAGAAGAAAUAUUAUAUUCUACUGAGAGUAUGUUCAAAUUUAAUGGCCUUGCCCCAGGGACUGAUUUUUUAAUUAGUAUUGUGACUACCAAUGGACUAAAGAAGAGCCAGCCUACUAUCCUUCGGGCUAGCACUUUUCCAGAUCCUCCUUCAGACUUUCAAGUUUUUGGAGAGGAAGAGAACACAAUCUAUUUGUCUUGGAAACUUCCACAAGGUGGCUUUGACAAAUUUCAGAUCUUGUAUCAUGUGACAACUAAAAGGGAAAUUUUAUUUAAACUAAUUGCUUAUGGAAGCAGAGCUAAAGUGAAAAAUCUGACCCCUGGAGUAGAAUAUAUUUUUCAGAUGAAGACAGUUAGAGGCAUGGAUUAUAGUGAAUCUGUUGAGAAGAAGGUUAUUACAAAACCAGCUGGCAUAUGUGGCUUAGCCUUAAAAGCUGUGAAUACUUCUGCUGCAACGUUAAUGUGGAAUCCAACAAAGACCAACUUCACCCACUACAAGAUUUGUUUAGCAAAUAAUACAUUUGCUAAUGAAUAUUACAUUUUUGGAACCAUGACUGACCAUACAGUUACAGAUCUGACUCCUGGUGGCACUUACAACAUCACAGUACAGAGAGUAAGAGGUGACAUUGAAGGAUAUAGCUCAUUUAUCCAGGUGGUUGCAGAACCUGAAAGACCAGAAAAACUGAAAGCCUUCAAUAUUUCAACACACUCCUUUUCUUUGCACUGGAGAAUGCCUUCUGGACAUGUGGAAAGGUAUCAUGUGGUUCUUGUUCCUGAUGGUGGCGUUGUUGCAAUCAGAGAUCUUGGCCAUGGGGAGUAUCAGGUUGAUGUCUCAAAUGCUGUUCCUGGGACAAGGUACAAUGUAACCAUUUCUUCAGUUUCUGCUACUACAUUUGGCACACCUGUUAGUAAAAUGGUGACAACAAAUGUGACCAAUCCAGGGCCUCCCGUGUUCCUUGCAGGUGAAAGAGUAGGAUCUGCUGGAAUCCUUCUUUCUUGGAAUACGCCACCAAAACCAAAUGGAAGGAUUAAAUCAUACAUCGUUAAAUAUAAGGAAGUUUGCCCAUGGAUGCAAACCACUUAUACACAAGUUAGAGCAAAACCAGAUAGUUUGGAAGUGCUUCUUACUAAUCUUAAUCCUGGAACAACUUAUGAAAUAAAGGUGGCUGCUGAAAACAGUGCUGGUAUUGGGAUAUUUAGUGAACCCUUUCUCUUCCAAACUGCAGAAAGUGCUCCAGGCAAAGUGGUGAAUCUUACUGUGGAGACCUUCAAUUAUUCAGCAGUCAAUUUAAUUUGGUAUUUGCCUCGGCAACCAAAUGGUAAAAUUACCAGCUUCAAGAUUAGUGUCAAGCAUGCAAGAAGUGGAAUCAUAGUGAAAGAUGUCUCAAUUAAAGUUGAGGAUCUUCUGUCAGGGAAGUUGCCAGAGUGUAAUGAAAAUAGUGAAUCUUUUUUAUGGAGUACAACCAGACCUUCACCAACAUCUGGUAGAGCCACAUCACCUCCUAGGAUCACGUAUAUACCCAGUGCCCUGGCAAUGAGUCGAAAAAGUUCGGUGUGGAAUGAGCCUAUCAGUUUUGUAGUAACCCACUUGAGGCCAUACACCACAUAUCUGUUUGAAGUCUCUGCAGUUACUACAGAAGCAGGCUACAUUGAUAGCACCAUCGUCAGAACUCCAGAAUCAGUGCCUGAGGAUCCACCUCGGAAUUUGGCAACAGGAAACAUCACAGAAAAUUCUUUUUCCAUUUCCUGGGAUCCACCAAGUAUAGUAACAGGAAAAUUUAGUUAUAGAGUUGAACUGUAUGGACCAGCUGGUCGUAUUUUGGAUAAUAGCACAAAAGACCUUAAGUUCACAUUUACUAAUCUGACACCAUAUACAACAUAUUAUGCAUAUAUUGGUGCUGAGACCAGUGCAGGAAUUGGACCCAAGUCAAAUCUUUCCAUUUUCACUCCUCCAGAUGUUCCAAGUGCAGUAUUUGACUUACAACUUUUAGAAGUUGAAGCCACACUAAUAAGCAUUACUUGGAAGAAACCACGACAACCCAAUGGAAUCAUUAGUCAAUAUAGGGUACAAGUGUUCAUUUCCGAGACAGGAAUUAUUUUGGAAGAUACGUUGCUUACAGGAAAAGAUGAGGUACUGACUUUUAUUUAUUUGUUUUUGAUUAUUUGGACUAUAUUUAAUGUAGCUUUUGACAGCCCAGACUCACUUAUGAGUGACUCCAUGACUCCAGAAACUGAAGCUCUAAUAAAUGAAGUGACUGCCUCCUAUGAAGGCUCAGCAGAGAUGUUUUCCAACAUGGCAGCAGAAUCUCCAGUUCUCUUUUCCAGUCUUUCUCAAAGUAGUAUUCCCCAAACAAAUGGAAAUGAUGAACUUUAUUCAACAACUGGAACAAGUGAUCCGUAUUUCACUGACAUUUCAGCGGAACAGCUGUCUUAUGUUGUAAAGAGGCUUGCACCUUUCACCGAAUAUAGGAUCAGUGUGUCUGCUUUCACAAUUAUGGGAGAAGGACCACCAACUGUUCUCAAUGCCAGGACAAGUGAGCAAGUGCCAAGCUCCAUACAAUCUAUAAACUAUAAAAACAUUAGCUCAUCAUCUAUUUUGCUAUAUUGGGAUCCACCAGAAUAUCCCAAUGGAAAAAUAACUCAUUAUACAAUUUAUGCCAUGGAACUGGAUACAAACAGAGCAUUCCAGAUGACUACUCUAGAUAACAGCUUUCUUAUCACAGGUUUGAAGAAAUAUACAAAGUAUAAAAUGAGAGUGGCUGCUUCAACCAGUAUUGGGGAGAGUUCUUUGUCUGAAGAAAAUGAUAUUUUUGUGCGAACCCCAGAAGAUGAGCCAGAAUCACCACCCCAAGGUGUUGAGGUUAUAGAUGUGACUUCUACAGAAAUAAAACUAAAGUGGUUGCCCCCAGAAAAACCUAAUGGAAUUAUCAUCUCCUAUGAAGUCAUUUAUAGAAAUGCAAACCAUUUGUUCUUUAAAAACUCUUCAACAACAAAUAUCAUUCUGAGCAACUUAAAACCUUAUACCCUUUACAAUAUUUCUGUAAGAUCUUAUACUAGAAUUGGUCAUGGCAAUCAAUUAUCAUCUUUGCUGUCUGUGAGAACUUCAGAAACUGUUCCUGACAGUGCACCUGAAAAUAUCACCUAUCGCAAUAUUUCAUCUGGAGAAAUUGAGCUCUCAUUUCUUCCUCCAAUAAUUCCCAAUGGGAUCAUACAGAAAUAUACCAUCUAUCUCAGAAGGAAUAAUGAAAAUGAAGAAAGGACUAUAAAUACAACAAAGCUGUCACAGAAUAUUAGAGGACUGAAGAAAUAUACUCAUUAUACAAUUGAAGUUUCUGCAAGUACUCUUAAAGGAGAAGGUGUCCGAAGUAUGCCUGUAAUGAUACUGACUGAAGAAGAUGCUCCUGGUUCUCCUCCACGAGAUUUCUCAGUAAAACAGUUGUCUGGUGUCACGGUGAAGUUGUCAUGGCAACCACCCCUGGAGCCAAAUGGAAUUAUCCUCUAUUACACAGUUUAUGUCUGGGAUAAAUCAUCCCUAAAAACUAUUAAUGUAACUGAAACAUCACUGGAAUAUGCAGAUUUGGAAAAUAAUAUUAAAUACAAUGCUUAUGUCACAGCAAGCACAAGAUUUGGUGAUGGAAAAAUUAAAAGUAACCUCAUUAGCUUUAGGACGCCAGAGGGAGCACCCAGUGAUCCACCAAAAGAUGUCCAUUAUGCAAACCUCACUUCCUCAUCAAUAAUUCUUUUUUGGAAUCCUCCUUCAAAGCCCAAUGGGAUUAUACAGUAUUACUCUGUUUAUUAUCAAAAUAAUUCAGGUACUUUUAUGCAGAAUUUUACUCUGCAUGACAUAGUCAGUUUCUCUGACAAUAUGACAAUAUCUGCAGUAAUAGAAAAUUUGGCAAUAUUCAGCUACUAUGUAUUUUGGGUGACAGCAAGUACUUCAAUAGGAAAUGGAAACAAAACCAGUGACGCAAUUCAAGUAUACACAGAUCAAGACAUACCAGAAGGGCUCGUUGAAAACCUGACUUAUGAAACUCUUUCUUCAACUGCAAUAAAUGUCAGCUGGUUCCCACCAUCUCAGCCAAAUGGUUUAGUCUUCUACUAUGUUUCAUUGAGCUUACAAGAAAACGCACAUAGAACAAGACCACCUCUGAAAACUUACGAGAGAAGCCUGGUUUUUGACAAUUUGAAAAAAUACACUGAUUAUAUAUUAAAAAUCACUCCAGCAACAGAAAAGGGAUUCUCUGAUUUGUAUACAGCCCAACUACAUCUCAAAACUGAAGAAGAUGUUCCAGAUUCUUCACCAGUAAUCAACACUUUUAAAAACCUUUCUUCUACCUCAGUUUUUUUAUCCUGGGAUCCCCCAGUACAGCCAAAUGGUGCUAUAAUAAGUUAUGAUUUAACUUUAGAUGGUGUAAAUGAAAGCUAUUCUUUUACUACUUCUGACAACUCUAUCAUACUGGACGAGCUCUCACCAUUUACACUCUAUAGUUUUUUUGCUGCUGCAAGAACUAGAAAAGGACUUGGUCCUUCUUCUACACUCUUUUUUUACACAGAUGAAGCAGCACCACUAGCACCACCGCAGAAUUUGACUAUAAUCAAUUAUACUUCUGACUCAGUAUGGUUAACAUGGAACCCAAGUCCUCUUCCAAGUGGUGUUGUUAAAGUUUAUAAUAUUAAAAUUCAUGAAAAUGGAACAGAUACUGUAUUUUAUCAGAACAUAUCGGGUUUUCAAACUGAAGCUAAAAUUGUUGGAUUGGAACCUAUCACUGCCUAUUCAGUUAGUGUAUCAGCAUUUACAAGAGUUGGAAAUGGCAAUCAUUUCAGUAAUAUUGUACUAUUCACAACCCAAGAAUCAGUUCCAGAUGUUGUUCAGAAUGUGCAUUGUACUGCCACUAGUUGGCAGUCAAUUCUACUCAAGUGGGAUCCCCCUAAAAAGGCGAAUGGAAUAAUUACACAUUAUAUCAUAACAACUGAAAGGAAUUCUACAAAAAUAGCUUCACAAGAGCAUAUGCAUAAUUUUAAAGAACUUCUUUCAAAUACUUCUUAUGUGUUUAAAAUACAAGCCUCUACAUCUGCUGGGGAAGGAAAAGAGGAAAUAUGCAAUGCUAGUACAUUACAUGAAACAGUUCCCAGUGCUCCCAGAAAUGUUACUUUAUCUGAUAUCCAAUCAACUAGUGUAACUUUGACGUGGAUUAUACCAGAUGCUAUUCUUGGCUACUUUAGAAACUACAAGAUUACGAUCCAGUUAAGAUCUCCACAGUGCAUUGACUGGGAUUCUGAGGAGUGCAUCGAACAAAGCCAAAAUCACUACCUGUAUGAACCUGACCUUCUUGAAGAAACCAUACAUGGAUUGAAGAAAUUCCGAUGGUAUCGAUUUCAGGUAGCUGCUAGCACCAAUGCUGGCUAUGGCAAUACUUCAAAUUGGAUUUCCACAAAAACUCUCCCUGGUCCUCCAGAUGAUCCUCCUGAAAAUGUAAAUGUCAUAGCUACCUCACCUUAUAGUAUUAAUAUCAGUUGGAAUGAACCUAUUGCUAUCACUGGACCAACUUUCUACCUUAUAGACAUUAAGUCGGUAGAUAGUGAUGAAUAUAAUGUUUCUUUCAUCAAAGCAAAUGAGGAAAAUAAAACCAUAGAGAUUACGGAUUUAAAAGUAUUUACAAGGUAUUCUGUAGUAAUCACUGCAUUUACUGGAAACCUCAGUUCAGCCCAUAUAGAUGGCAAGGCAAGUGCUCAAGUCAUCGUGACCACAUUAGAAUCAGCACCUAAAGAUCCACCAAACAACAUGACAUUUCAGAAGAUUCCUGAUGAAGUCACAAAAUUCCAGCUAACUUUCCUUCCACCAUCUGAACCAAAUGGAAAUAUCCGAGUCUAUCAAGCUUUGGUGUACAGAGAAGACGAUCCCACUGUCUUUCAGAUACACAAUCUGAGUAUCAUUCAGAAAACAGACACAUCAGUCAUUGCAAUGUUAGAAGGAUUAAAAGGAGGCCACACGUAUAAUAUAAGUGUGUAUGCUGUCAAUGGUGCUGGAGCAGGGCCUAAAGCUCAGAUGAGAAUAACAAUGGAUAUUAAAGCACCAGCAAGACCAAAAAAUAAGCCAAUCCCAGUCUAUGAUUCCACUGGAACUGUGCUUGUUACUUCAAAAACCAUUACAAUCAGAAUGCCAAUAUGUUAUUAUAAUGAUGAUCAUGGACCCAUCAAAAAUGUUCAAGUGCUGGUUUCAGAAGCAGGAGCUCAACAUGAUGUAAAUAUCACAAAGUGGUAUGAUGCAUAUUACAAGAAAGCGAGGCCAUAUUUUGCAAAUGAAGGUUUUCCCAAUCCACCCUGCACAGAUGAAAAACUACAACUUAGCAGCCAUGAUGAUGUAUAUGUCAUAGGUGCUGAUAAUACGUGUAUGAUACCAGGCAAUGAAGACAAAAUUUGCAAUGGUCCCCUGAAACCAAGAAAGCAAUAUGUAUUUAAGUUUAGAGCAACAAAUAUCAUGGGACAAUUUACUGACUCUGAUUAUUCUGACCCAGUAAAGACAUUAGGUGAAGGACUGUCAGAAAGAACUGUAGAAAUCAUUCUCUCUGUUACCUUGUGUAUCCUCUCUAUAAUUCUUCUGGUGGCUGCUAUUUUUGCAUUUGCAAGAAUUCGACAGAAACAGAAAGAGGGGGGCACAUACUCUCCGCGGGAUGCAGAAAUUAUUGACACCAAAUUCAAGCUGGAUCAGUUUAUCACAGUGGCAGACCUGGAGCUGAAGGAUGAGAGAUUAACUCGGCCAAUAAGCAAGAAAGCCUUCCUGCAACAUGUCGAAGAGCUCUGUACAAACAACAACCUAAAGUUUGAAGAAGAAUUUUCGGAGCUCCCUAAAUUCCUCCAGGAUCUUUCUUCUACUGAUGCUGACCUGCCUUGGAAUAGGGCAAAAAACCGCUUCCCAAACAUAAAACCAUAUAAUAACAACAGAGUGAAAUUAAUAGCAGAUGCCAGUGUACCAGGAUCUGAUUACAUCAAUGCCAGUUAUGUGUCUGGCUAUCUAUGUCCAAAUGAAUUUAUUGCUACUCAAGGACCAUUACCUGGAACAGUAGGGGAUUUUUGGCGAAUGGUCUGGGAAACCAGAGCAAAAACUUUAGUGAUGCUGACACAAUGUUUUGAAAAAGGACGAAUCCGAUGCCAUCAAUAUUGGCCAGAAGACAACAAGCCAGUGACUGUAUUUGGAGAUAUAGUGAUUACCAAAGUAUUAGAAGACAUUCAGAUUGAUUGGACCAUCAGAGAUCUGAAAAUUGAAAGACAUGGAGAUUGUAUGACGGUUCGACAGUGUAACUUUACUGCUUGGCCUGAACAUGGAGUUCCUGAAAAUAGUGCACCAUUAAUUCACUUUGUGAAAUUAAUUCGAGCAAACAGAGCCCAUGACACCACACCAAUGGUUGUUCAUUGCAGUGCUGGAGUUGGAAGAACUGGAGUUUUUAUUGCUCUGGACCACUUAACACAACAUAUAAAUGACCAUGACUUUGUGGAUAUAUACGGACUUGUAGCAGAACUGAGAAGUGAGAGAAUGUGCAUGGUGCAGAAUCUGGCACAAUACAUUUUUUUGCACCAGUGCAUUUUGGAUCUAUUAUCAAGUAAGGGAAGUCAUCAACCCAUCUGUUUUGUGAAUUAUUCAGCCCUUCAGAAGAUGGACUCUUUGGAUGCCAUGGAAGGUGAUGUUGAACUUGAAUGGGAAGAAACCACCAUGUAAACACUAUGACAAAAGAUUACAACCAGAGGAUUUUUUUUAAGCCCAGGGGCCAAAUGUAUUCCCCUAUUAACCUGAAUAAAAAUUCACAAUCUUGAAAACAAUCCUUUAAAAAAAAUCAAAAUUGUCAUAAAUUGUUACAAAAAACUGACAAAUGUUUUGUAAGAGAAUCUGGAUAACACAGUUUCUUCAUUUAAAAAAAUGCACAGAAUUACAAAUCUGCCUUUAAAACAAAUGUGAAUUCUGAGACAUCCCAGAGUAUAUUGCAGAUCCACACAUUGUUUUUUUUCCUAAAUGGGCCAAAUAUAAUGUGAAGUUAUCAUCCCCUUAACAUGAAUGCUUCACUGUGAAUUCUCCCUGAUUUUAAGUCAGUGCUGUAAAUGUUGAUGCAGUGGUGGCCUUUUGGCCUUCUGAGUGUUGACAUUUCUUGUGGAUUACUUCCAGAACUGUCAUGAUGAUCUCUGUCUCAAUGUAUGUUCCUGGGUUUUGAAUCUUCUAUUUUAUGAGUGCUGGGAUAUCAACUCAUGAUCCUGAACAGCUGAACAGUCACCCCAUGACACUGCAGGAAUUAUUCAGCUUUUAUACAACACACAGUAGCUCUUUAGGGACACUUAGGGCUAUUUAAGCUUCUUUGUGAUUCCCAGUUUAAAAAAAAAAUAGAAGAAAACAAAGAAAUGAAGAGAGAAAAUGAUUCAUUGAACUAUAUAAAAAACUAAAGUAUCUAUCCCUCAAACUAGGCAGUUUCUGGAACCGUACCAUCAAAUAUGUUUCAUUCUAUUUUAAAGUACAAUGUAGAGUGCGUUUAUCUAAAUGUUGUAUCUUAGAAAUAGACUAAUCUGAUUAUUUUGUAUUUUUGGAGAAUUCCUGUACCUGCUAAUACUACUUAAAAAACAACAAACAAACAAAAAAGAACAAUGGUAGGGUGAUUCCAACUUGUAAAUUAAUGAUGUAGAUUAAACAGUCUAUUGUACUACUAUGGUGCCAACAGGGUCUUAAAAUCAGUUUGAAUAGCUUGGUUCAAAUUUCAUUUUCUAGUAUUGAUUCAUGGUGUGUGUGUGGGGUGAUGUUCUAUGUUAUACCUAGAAAUGAAGAACUGGAACCCAACAGCAAACCAUAAAGAGAUUUAGAAAGAAAACUUCUGUCUCUAUGUUCUCAGUUUAUUAAGAAAUAGGAAAAAAUGUAAUAAUUAGAUUUUGAACUUAAGUAUAGUGUUAUUAGUAUGCAUAUAUUUCACUUGAAUAUUUAAAGCAAAUAGUAUUGGCCUGUCUAAAUUCCUAAUGCUACUUAAAGAACUCCCACAUAAAUAUUUGUUGGUUAACCUAUUCAUAUAAUUUCUUUAUGCAAAUGACAGUCCGAUGAAAGAAGUUUGCUACUGUGGUAAGACCCUAAAUAUUUUUGAAAAUGUUAAUACAACUAAUAUUGUUUUCACAUGUGCUUUAAUAUAUAUAUACAUAUAUAAAUAUAUAUAACUAUUUGAUGACUAAUAAAUAUAUUUUGUGAUUUGGAUUACUUUUUUGCAA